UACCACUGAUCUCACCCCCAAACACGCACACCAUCCAAAGCCAUCUUCGCACAAGCCACUAGCUCACUACUCAUUACCAGUCGAUCUACAUUUCAUCGUCAGAGUUUCAGAGACGCCAUGAAGUACCUGACCCAGCUGCUGGUGGCGCUCCUGGCCUUCUGGGCGGUGGUGCUGAUGAUGGCGCCGGCGGGCGCCGAGGCGGCGACGUGCGACGCGCUGCAGCUCAGCCCGUGUGCGGGCGCCAUCGUGGGGAACGCGGCGCCCACGGCGGUGUGCUGCAGCAGGAUGAAGGCGCAGAGGCCGUGCAUGUGCCAGUACGCCCGCGACCCCAACCUCAAGCAGUACGUCAACUCCCCCAACGGCAAGAAGGUCCUGGCCGCCUGCAAGGUGCCCGUGCCAUCCUGCUAAAUCGAGUAAUCGACGUCUAUGAUCGAUUGAGAUGAGAGAGUCCAGCCAGUGGCAUCUCGCUGCUCGCUGCAUGUGUUGAUGUCUGAGUGUUUUGGUUGCCGUGUGUGGCUACCCUGAUGUAUUUGUAUCUGAAAUUCUGAAUAAAUGCAGUAAUAAUGAUGUGUGUUGUUAGUUUGAA